AUGUCUGACGCCGAAUUCGCAAAUGUAGAGUCUAAUGACGCCGCAGACAAAGACGCACACGCAACGACGGCGUCAGAAAUAGGCUAUUUGGAUAUGUCAAAAGAUGUUAGUAAAGAAAGGCACUCAGAUGACGCGAUAGUUGAUAGGAAAGAAGACAUAAUUCCGUCUCGACCGAGAAUACGUUAUACUCAAGAGCAACUACUGGCAUUAAGCCACAGCCCACUAGUAAAAAGGCCAGAUGCGUUGCCUCCCGUGAACUCUUGGUUUGGCGAACACAUCAAACGAGACAACAAGAAAUUGACCGGAGAUGGAAUAGAGGGUGAUAAUAAAAGCAAAACUUAUGGAGAGGGCUCGAGUAAAUUGAAAGACGAUGUGAUAGGACUAGGGAUUCCAAAGAGCCCUGCAUCAAGUGUUUCGAAAAGUCCAAAUGGUUCGGCACCAACUUCUCCGCGUCCUGCAGUUCAAGAAAAGAUUGUCUUAGGACCCCCGAAGAUGAAUUUUGCUUCAACUUCACUGGUAGGGCUGAAAGCUUCCGGGGAAAAGUUAUCUACAAGAUCAAACAGAACCGAUGGAUCGCGACGACAAACAGAUGAUUUAAUAUACACGAAACCUUCCAAUAAAGAAUUUGAACCACGAGCACCGCGAGGUCCAACUGGCGGACGAGGGUUUGUUGGCAGGGAGGCUUUGCGUGAGCGAAAUCUUGCCGAAAAGGCGUCUAAAGAAGUUAAUACUUUUUCAAGUAAUACAAACGGACGAUUAACAGCAGGCGCAAGACCACAUGAAACCACUAGAGUUGGAAUGGGCCAUAAAGACAAAACGAGCAAUUCGCGGCAUCAUAAUUACCAAGAAGAGCGCUCGGAGACACCAGAAUGGAUGAAUUAUAAUCCGCAAACGGACGAAACCAUGAAGAAAGGAAAGAAGAAUGAUGAUGACAAUAAAGCAUUUAUUGAUGAUAUUCAAGCAUGGAAGCAGAAAAUGAGAGAACAGGAAAAACAUAAGCAGCGUGUGGAAAAGGAUCGCAAGGAUCCGAAUGAAAGAAGUAGACCUCGUAGUAUGUCUCGUGCUGAUAGCAGCGUCUCAUGGAGAGCGGAUAGUAAACUCGUCGCAAUAGAAGGGCAUAUGACGGCGACAGUCGGCACUUCAAAUGACAAAGAGAAUAUCAUAAAAGAAGAUACAACGUUUGAUAUUGAUGUGAAACCGUCAAAGAGCACGAGCAAUGUGCCCAAUGUUGACAGACUAUUUGGCCUGGGUGGCUUAGAUAUUAACGCUCCUUUAGACCCCAAUUCUUCAGCGUUUGAUAAUUUUCUUUCCCAACAUAGACUUGCCAUUGCUGAAGAGAAUGUAGGGAAGACUAAUAACGUUAAAGAGCUGGAGGGUCCAUCUCGCGAACAAGAAACGUCACGAUUUGCAAGGUUCUUUUCCCACAGCACGGAUAAAGGUACUUCUAAUAUGGACAAUGUUGACGAAUCGAAGACAAACUCUAUGCCGACACAAGCCACAUCUACGUCUAACGAUGUACCUAAAUCGGGAGCAUCGAUAAAGUUUGAGACUUUGUUUCAAAAUCAGACGACAACUAACCACUCUACCCCACUGUCGCCAAGGACAACUACUAAUGAUGGUAAACGUAUGCUUUCAGAAGCAGAAGUACUGCAACGCCUUGGCGCCAGGCCUUCUUCGAAGUCUCAUGAUUUCGAUGACACCAGUGUUGAUGAUGUCAUGGGAUUCAAGAAAAUUCUUGCAGCUUUGGAAAAAGGCAAUAAUGCGAUGGAGUCACCCUCGAACUUUUCAGUACCCCCAUCUGUUCACGCACUACCGGCUUAUCAAUCAGGAUUAGCUCAUCAAGGGCUUCCCUUUAAUGACCCUUCUAUUAUCAUUGCUCAGAAACCGGUCAUGGGAAACAAGCCUCCUAAACUUGAAACGUCGAAUAGAGGAAUGAUUAUUCCUGACGCGAAUCCAUCAGAUUCCGUCAAGAAGAUUAAUAAUAUGUUGCUUGGAGGGAAUGUACCGACAUCCGUUUAUAGGCAGCUGAGCUCUAGGUCCGAUAAUGGUUCUAGGGAGUCAUCUGGAGCCUCUUCGCCUGCCCUUAAAUUUAAUGCCGCGAAGCCUUUGGUGUCUAGUUUUUCACGUUCGCCGAUUAUACCUCAAUCCCCGACGAUCUCAGACUUCCAUGGAUCUGAUUUCAAGGCUGCAGGGCCUCCAAGGUCGCCAGGUCUUCCGCAGGGUAAUUUCAACCCAUCCCCAUACCACGGCAUUCAUCCUCCCUAUUCUAAUGGACCGAAUAUGUCGUUAGGACGUGACUAUCCGCAACCGUCCCCACAACCUCCACCUCCGCCACAAUUAGGGCGUAAUAUUCCAGUAGAGCAAUUGUUUAACUUGGCACCACCACGGAACCCUCAACAACUUCAGUCUCAGUUUCAGCAAGCGUCCAUUCCAGUAUCACUGCAUCCACCUUUUGGACCUGCUAUACCGCAACAGUUUGCUGUUCCUUCGCAACCUAAUAUACUGCACCCAGGCGCUGAAGCUUUAUUUGCAAAUAUGCAUGGAUAUACACACUUCAUACCGAAUAUUGUCAAUAGUACUUUAGGACCUAAUUCUCUAUCAGGAAUGCCAUCAAAUACUGGUCUUCAACAACGUAGUAUGAUGACUUUGGAGGAGAUUGAGAGGCGCGGACUCGGUGGUCGAUAA